AUGAUGUCAGAAUAACAGCUUCUGUAAUCCGACCUCCGUGAAGGAAGGCAGCGUAUAAAAGCACCUUCCUAAAGACUUGCGCACACAAACCUUCACACACACACACACACACACACACACACCACUCUGCAUCUGCUCAAAACCAAGGUUUGCAUUGUGAAUUGUUUCCAUCAGGGAAAAAACCCAAAUGAAGCAAAAUACCUCCUAUAGCUGUGUGAUAGAGGAGGCUGAUUUGGCUAACAUGGCUAAUGUCAAUGUGUUCGAAUGGGUUGUUCAAGGUGAUCUUUCAGCUCUGGAUUACCUGAGCAGGAUGUGUCCGGCUCACCUGAGCUCUAGGGAUGAAAACGGAGCCGGACCAAUCCACUACGCUGCCGCUAGUGGACAUUUGGAUGUUAUUCAGCUCAUCGUGUCCAAGGCAGGACCUGAGGAGUUGGAUGUUCAGGAUGCGGAAGGCCAAACUCCUCUGCAUUUUGCUGUGGAGAAAAACCAGGAGUCAAGCUGCUCACUGUUGCUAGAUUUGGGUGCCAAUCCAAACAUUGUAAACACAGCCAUGAUGGCACCGAUUCACUUGGCCAUCAGCAAAGGACACAAUCAAAUGGUAGAGGUUCUCCUGUCCUGCAGUCGCACAGAUGUGAAUCUGGAGGGAGAUUUGGGAAACACACCUUUGAUGUUUGCAUGCUCCUACAAUAACUGUGAAGCUCUUCACACACUAUUUAAAUAUGGAGCAAAGCUGUGUCGUCAGAACAAGCUGGGGCAUUAUGCGAUACACACCGUAGCUUUUUCUGGAGCCAAAGAAGCGAUGGAGGUGAUACUGCAAAAAGGAGAAGAGUUGGGUAAAUGCACCCUUAUACACAUUAAUUAUUUGGAUAAAUCCAAGAGCAGCCCACUUCAUUUAGCCGUACGAGGCGGAAAUACAGAAGUGAUCAAACUCUGCAUUGCUAAAGGCGCAAAAGUGGACCAACAACAGUGCGACAAGUCCACGGCGCUGCACUUCGCCUGCACACAGGGAGCGAUAGAAGCCGUACAAGCGAUGCUGCUUCCUUACGAGAGAACAAUCGAUGAAAUCAUUAACAUUAGAGACGCAGCCAAUCAGACGCCGUUACACAGAGCCACGUUAUUUGAUCAUGUGGAACUGGCUAAAUAUCUCGUCUCAAAGGGAGCGGACAUCGAUUGUGUCGACUGUAAAGGUUUUACCCCUUUACUCCUGGCUACGUCAAGCAGCGCAUGGAAAACGGUUUCAUUCCUGCUGUCUAAAGGUGCAGAUUUUAGAAUAAAAGACCAAACUGGACGGAACUUCCUCCAUCUCGUCAUCUUCCAACCGAAAGGACUGAAAAAUCUUCCUGAAGACAUCCUACAGAAUAAAGACGUGUGGGAGCUGAUGAGCGAUGAGGACUUUGCAGGCUGUACUCCUCUACACUACGCCUGCAAACUCGGCAUCCACGACUCUGUUAAAAACAUGCUGGGGUUUGAAAUCUCCUUGGGCCGCAAGUCAAAGGAGAAAAAAUCAGCACUACAUUUUGCUGCAGAAUACGGGCGAAUAAACACGUGUCUCAGGCUUUUGGAGACGAUCAGAGAUUCACGUCUGCUAAACGAGGGAGAUGAGAACGGACUGACGCCGCUCCACCUGGCCUCUAGGGGGGGCCACGUUAAGGUGGUGGAUCUGCUGCUCAGGAGAGGAGCACUGUUCCAGAGCGAUUAUAAAGGCUGGUCGUGUUUACAUCAUGCCUCGGCUGAAGGAUACACACAAACCAUGACUAUCCUGCUGAGAGCAAACAUCAAACUGCUGGAUAACACAGAUGAAGAUGGCAACACGGCUCUGCACCUAGCCGCACGUGAAGGUCACGUCGCAGCUGUAAAGCUCUUACUGAACCAAGGGGCUGAAAUCGUGCUCAAUAAUAAUCACGCCUCAUUCUUCCAUGAAGCUGUGCGCAAUGGGAAGAAAGAUGUCGCUAACGCCGCUAUCGAGAAUGAGAGGUCAGCAGAGACUCUCCAACAGUUUAAAAUGGGCUACACUCGAUGCCCUGUGCUGGAUUUAAUCGAGUUUCUACCUGAAUCAACAAAGCAUCUUCUGGAUCAGUGUAUGACUGAAUCAGAGCAUGACCCGAACAGCCCUGACUACCAUAUCACAUACAGUUUCCAGUGGCUUCAGGCUCCAGUAAAAGUGCAGAAAUCCUCUCAAACUGACAAAUCGCUAUAUAUUCAGCCCCUGGCAGCUCUGAAUGCGAUGGUUCAGUAUAACCGGCUUGAGCUGCUCACACACCCUGUGUGUCAGAAAUACUUAGAGAUGAAAUGGAAAGCCUAUGGAAGUAAAGCUCAUUUACUCAAUCUGGCUGUGUAUCUGUUGGGCCUUUUGCCCCUCACGUAUCUUGUCGUCAACUUGAAUCCUACACAAAUCAACACACCAAAUGGCACGACCUUCAACAUGGAGCCCAUAUCUUUCCACGAACAAAGCUUUUUAAUUUCAGUGUCCAUGAUGAUGGUCCUCAUCAUGAACAUUUAUGGCAUUUGUAAAGAGGUGAUACAAAUAGCACAACAGCGAAUGAGUUACAUUUUGGACAUCUCAAACGGAUUGGAUUGGACAACAGUCAUUUCCUCGCUUGCUUUCGUUACUCCAAUGUUCUUCGGCGUGGAAGGGAAUCUGCAUUGGCAGGCUGGAGCUUUGGCAAUUUUAUUUGCCUGGAUAAACUUUCUUCUUUAUUUCCAGAGGUUUGAGCGCUUUGGUAUUUAUGUUGUAAUGUUUGGAGAAAUCGUAAAGACACUCGUAAGUGUCCUUGUCCUAAUCUUCCUGUUGAUGGCAUUUGGAUUGUCCUUCCAUGCGCUGAUGCUUCAUCGAGGCGAGUUCAACUCAAUCGGUCUAUCAUUGGCACAGACAUUUGUAAUGAUGGUUGGAGAGCUGAAUUAUGAGACCUCGUUUCUGGAAGCAUACAAUCAGGGAUUUCUGGCUUUUCCUGUAAUCACCUACUAUGUGUUUGUGCUCUUCGUCCUCAUCAUGCCAAUCCUUCUCAUGAACCUGAUGAUUGGUUUGGCAGUCGGGGACAUCGCCGAGGUUCAAAGGAACGCAGCACUGAAGAGGAUCGCCAUGCAGAUUAAUCUUCAUACUACUCUGGAAGAGAAACUGCCAUAUUGGUUUAUGAAGAGAGUGGACAAAAGUAGUAUCACUAUCCACCCAAACAGGAAGUGUGCCAAAUUUCAGGGAAUGAUGGAGCAGAUCUUUGGGAACGUUAGUCCAGAAGGUGAACUGCGCACUCGUUUAAACACUCAGGUGACACACUCAAGUCCACUGGAGACAGAAGUGAUGAAGCAGAAACACAGGCUGAAGCAGAUUUACUCAGCACUGGAGAAACAAGACAUGUUGUUGAAACUCAUCAUACAGAAGAUGGAAAUCACGACAGAGGCCGACGAGAGCGAUGGACCUGACGAUUUCCGGUCCAUCACCACCGCAAAAUUACAUAAAUCCCACUGGGCUCCUCUGAUGCGAGCUCUUGGGGUCAGGAAGUCACACUCGACAUGCUGAUGGUGGUGUAGAGCUUGAAAUGUCAGACGUGUCUUACGGUAAACAUUUACUCGUAGCACGUUACAUUAAGGGCUAUUCAUAAAAAAUGUUAGUGAUUAACCAUAAAAUAUACUAUUUAGUAGGUCUUGGUGUCAAGUAAUAUAUUGAGCAUUUAGCAUUCUUCCAGUGCGUAAAUGAGCUUCAAAUUUGCAUGUCUUUCGAAUUUGUACUUAUAAACAUGAACGAAAAAGUAUGUAUUCUUAAGCGUAAACAAAGAUAUGUUGAGAAUUUGAAACUGAUAGAGAAAACCUAUUUAAACCCCACAAAUUAAUACUAACAAACAUUAACUCUUUGUUACAACGCAAUUGUUGGGAAUUACAGCUUCGAGAUAUCUACAUUAGGAAAUAAUAAGAGUCAUUUUAGAUAGGGUGGUUGCUUGCAUGUGUCAGAUUUGCAAAUUGGAACGUAACAUGAUCACACGUUAGACAUAUUAGACAAUCUUUCAUGAUUCGACUAGUCAGUCAACAUCACCGUCCUGGCACGUCAAAACCAAAUCAAGUUCAAAUCCAAAUUCAAUGAAAUAUUUAGCAGUUUAAGCACAAACCAUGACCUUUAGCAUUUGUGUCUAUUAAAGUGGGGUCUAUAAGCCCCUAAUAUCCCUCAUGUUUGAAAAUUGUGUACGUUUUCACACGUUUUCGCACGUUUUGACAAAGAAAAUAAAUGCCAUUCUGUAGUGAGUUCUUAGCAUUUAGAUAGAUAGAAAAAAAAGUUUAUGUCUGCUAAAUUCCAUGUGGCUGGGAAUAAUAUUUCUGAAGAUAUUAAACAUUGCUUCCCAUUUGAGACUUUUAUUAAUUAGACGAUAAUAUAUUUUUCAGGGGAGUAAAAAAAAAAAGAAAAGAAAAAAAAGUGAUGUUAGAAUUUCAGCCAAAAUACUUUACAACAUUUUUUAAAAAUAGAAUUACUAGGUCACAAGCAACAAAUAAAAAAGAUGAAUUGAAACUGAGACACGCAGCAAUUAAGGCCCUUAUUUUCAUUACGUUUGAAGGCAUCUUCGCUAUACAGCAUCUUUAUAUGAGUUUUGCACAGUACUGUAUAUAUUUGAACAUAUAUCAUUUGUUUAUAUUCUUGAUUAUGGCCUUGAAUACAUACACAUACACACUUUUGUUCAUAUUUAUACGUACAAAUUCAACAUAUAUAUAGGAUAUAUACACAAGAAGUAUAUACAUAAAAUUGUCCAAAUAAUUAUUUCUUCGCACUGUACACAUCUACGGACUGCUGUUUCUUCUAUUAUAUCUAUUUACACUGUUCAUUAUUUUUUAAAAUCUUGUUGGAGAAGUUUUUUUUUUUUGUUUUUUUUUUUAAAUAUAUAUAAUAUAAUGCUUCUGUGAAAAUACUCUAUAUAACUUGCCUGCAUUUUUGUGGAAUGCUUUACGGUGAUCGUCAGGAGCAGGAAGAGUGCACUCGUUUAAACACUGACGCACAUAAGUCCACUGAAGAUACGAAUGAUAAAUUAUAACCAUCGAUAACACUAUUCAGUAGGCCUUAGCAUUAAGUAAUAUACUGAGCAUUUAGCAUGAAGCGAUUGAGUACUCUUUUAAAUGAUAGUUUAGUAUUUAUCCUGUAUGUCUGCUGUUUUCUUUUCUCUCACUUUCUAUAUAGCAUUUAAACCGUGUGUCAUAAAGUUGUUGAAGUUAUUUGAAUAAAUAUGACGAGGCAUU